GGAGAGCGGGCGAUAAAAAAAGAAAGAUGACAUCCUCGCAGCUGAACGGCCGAGGUGGAGCGAUAGGCUGCGGCCCGGCGAGAGCGCCGCUCGCCGGGGUCAGGGCUUGAAUCCAACAGCGAGGCUUCGACAAACACCCGAUUGGCCUAUUGGGGGAAAUCGGAAAAAUAGAUUCAUAAAUUAAAAACAAAGCAUGACCUGCUGUGCUACCAGAUGCGUGUGUUAUAACCCAUAUUUGUUCUCUUGCGUAAAAAUGCAUUUAUUUCACGUAGAAUUGUUUAUGUUUAUUGCUAAAGUGUGAUACUGUAAUAUGCGAUUUUCUUUUUGGUUUUUGAGAGCAGUUUUGUUGGGUGAUGUUGCGUUUUAGUGAGAUUAGUGUUUAAUGAAUUAAAGUUAGAAACCAAAGUCAAAGAGAAACAGGCCAUUAUUGGACCUGGCCUGCUCCACUCCUGCCUGUGUACGGCAGCCUGCGUUAGUCAACAGCUGCGUGCAUUUUAAUUGACAGCAUUAGGCUACCUCAAUGAGAAAAGCAUAUUUUUGCAGACGACUUUAUUCACGUUUUUCAAGAGAAUCCAGGAGCCCGUCGUUUCUGCUGCAGGACAGGCGACUGUUUGCGCCUCAAUCAUCAUCGGUGGGCCGAUCAAAACAAUGCAAAGGCUGCUGUCCUCGAUCUCAAUCAGGAGCUGACUUUAUAAUCUCCAUCGCUGUGGCGCAAAAUGGAUGCUGCUUGGAGCAAUUUUCUCUUCCAGAAUACUCCCACCCAAAACCAAGUGGAGGGGAGCCUCCAAUCAGAGCUCAUGCCAGUGCAUACGAGUUCUCCCCAAACCCCACCCACAGAGCACAUAGCACAGCCUCCUUCAACUGUGGACACUGCUGCUCUCAGUGAGGAACCCCUGCCUGUGAAGCCAGUGUCUCGGCCGACCCGCGUGCCCCACAUCUGUGCCAUCUGCAACAAGCAGUUCAAGAACAACUACAACCUGCGGCGGCACCAGUCGGUCCACACUGGGGUACGCAUGAAGGACAGGGCCAGAGAGCAGGCGGAGGGGGCAAAGGAGGGAGCAGCCGGCCAGGUGGCGGUGGCGGUGGCGGCCCCGUCGGUGAUGGCGGUGGGGGCCGGAGGGAGGGCGGAGAGGCCCACUGUUCCCCUCUCCCUGCUACACCUCUCCGCGCCUCCCCCUCUCGCCCCUCCCGGCGUGCUGGUGGGUGCACAGCAGCCUCCCCUGGGUAGUCAGGAUGGUGAAGGGGUUGCCAUGCCAAACGUAAUGGCUAGUGUUAACCCCCAUGCUCCGCCUCCUGCUGCUGUCGUCAUGGCCACAGGGGCGACAGUACAGCGGCCCACAAACCCCAACCCAAACCCGGUGAGAAAGAACCACGCCUGCGAGACGUGUGGGAAGGCCUUCCGCGACGUCUACCAUCUCAACCGCCACCGCCUGUCCCACUCGGACGAGAAGCCGUUCUCCUGUCCCAUCUGCCAGCAGCGCUUCAAGAGGAAGGACCGCAUGAGCCACCAUGUGCGCUCCCACCAGGGUGGUGUGGAAAAACCCUACGUCUGCCCCCACUGUGGCAAAGCGUUCUCCAGGCCUGACCAUCUCAACAGUCACGUCAGACAGGUGCACUCCUCAGAGAGACCCUUCAAAUGCCCCACCUGUGAGUCCAGCUUUGCAACCAAGGAUCGUUUGCGUGCGCAUAUGAUUCGCCAUGAGGAGAAGGUCCCCUGCCACAUCUGUGGGAAGCUCCUGUCUGCUGCUUACAUCACAGAUCACAUGAGGGUGCACAACCAGUCGCAGCACCACGCCUGCCAUCUCUGUAACCGCAGCUUCACCACACUGACGUACCUUCGUGUCCAUGCCCAGAAGCACCAUGGCCAGGAGUGGAAGGACAGUCCAGGGGGCUUUGGCGGCACAGCCUCUGGUGGCGUACUCGUCUGCCACUUGUGUGGCGUCCACUGCAAGACGCCCACCCAACUCCAGGGGCACAUGGGCACCCAUAGCAACAACCAGGGUGCCCCGAGCCCCGUCACCUCUAAUGUGGCUGCCAGCAGCUCCGUCUCCCUUAGCAACAUGGUGACAGCACCCACUGUGUAUGUCACUGGUAACACGGUGGUGGACCUGCUUGUCACAGACUGCUCUAGCAUUGCAGCACCGCAGCCCCACAGUUAGCAAUAGAGAGCGCAGCAAUAACGACCUCAGUCCCUUAACAGAGGGCAAGGUUAGAGAAGGUUGAAGUUACUCGUAGAUGCUGAUCCGGUUUCAGUUUUGUCAUGUCCCCACUUAUAGGUAAGGUUAGGAUUAAGGGUGGGGGAGAUUAACACCAGUCAGCGCUCAAGGGCAGUUUCACCUCAGAGCUGCAGAGCUGGAGCGUCGGAGAAACGGAGGAAAAAGAAGAGCUGUAUUAAUAGAGCGAUGAAGUCAUGGAAAGAGGGACCUCUGUGGCUGCAGCAGGUUCACUGACACUAACGACAAACAUGGAUGUGUCGUCCAAAUGUUCCUGAAUGCUCUUGUGCAUUUAAGACUCUAAUGAAACUGUGGUAUUGUGAGCAUCUACUGUAUUACUCUCCCCUCUCUGCCCUCUCUCUCUCUCUCUCUCUCUCUCUCUCUCUCUCUCUCUCUCUCUCCCCCUCUUCCCUCAACCCUGGCAUUGGCUGCUCUCUGCAAGUGCACCAAGUACUGUAUAUCUCACACCAGCUCUGAUCUUACCUCCAUUUUGCCGCUCACUUACUGAGAAUCCAAAUGGCUUGCGUUAAAAAGAAGCAGUAGGGUGAGAGUAGCUCUAGGAAAACAUAAGGAAGAGACACAUUAGAAGGGAAGUUGUGUGUUUGGGUGUGUGUAAGUCAGGGCUCUUCUAGCAUGCUAGCGUGUUUGUCUACAAAACUAAAAUCAACAUUUGAUUUGAAGCUGUAAUGCUAGUUUAUUAAGUUUCUAGAGGGCUGUUUCUAGAUCAGGACAGAAGACCAUACACGUUAUGGUCCGUGUGUAAUUGUAUUGUGGGAUGUACUUGUUCAUUUGUUUCCUAAAAGUACACAGGUAAGAAUAGAGUUGUGUUCAGGAGUGUCAAGCACCUUAAAUUGUUAUUGUUUGAUUCAGUGAGGAUCAAAAUGGGUUUGAGAUUUCUUGGAUUUUCUUGCUCUGAGUCUUCCUCUCUGAGUCUGGCCAUUUGAAAAAAAAAAAAAACAAACAAAAAACAUAACUGCUAAUCAACAACACUUCAGCUUCUGACAUGGCGAUUCUUGCACCUGAGAACUACCUUUUGCAUGAAAACAAGCUAGCUCAGUCAUGCUUAUUGUUAGGGAGCUGUCAUAACAAAAGAAACUUUUAGCAGUUCCACUAAGUUAGUUGGCUGUAAACAAUGAUAUUUAUAAAAGUGUUGAUUUUAUUCAGAAAACUUUUAACAUCGUUGGCCAUUCAUUUGAUUGUAACGGUCAUUGCCAUAGUCCUUUGUUUUCUCUAUGUACCAGUCCAAUGAGUGACACUUAUGCAUUAGAUUUAGUCAUUUAACUCUCUGUAUAGCACAUAAUGUUCUGAACGCAAGUCAUUAUCGUUCCACAUUAAUCAUGUGAGGAAUGGUCACUUGUCCAUUGGAUAUUUUUUGGUUGCUUUGAGUUAUAUUGUGAGUGAUGUGUGGUGUCAGGAAAGGGCUUAUAAAGUCACAAGUCAGAAGUACAAUGGCAGUUUGACAACACCACUAGGUAUGCUGUAAACAAAUCCUGGUUUUGUACUGGAGUGCUUUUUCAGUUUUGUGUUAAUAUGUUACCUUGAAAUUUGUAGAGUUGUUUCUUUCUUUCUUCCUUUUCUUUCUUUGGAAAUGUGUUUUUCCUGUUGAGAAAAAGUAGUGAUUUAUUAAACAGUUAAUUUUAGGUUUUCUCCAUUACACUAAGAAAAAAAUAAUACCUCUACUCUAGGAUUCUGUACAGCUCUUGUGAUACAUCUUAAUGCCUUAUCUUACUCAACUGCAUUUUAAUUCUUUUAUGAUGAAAUAUUUCAAAUCUUAGUCAUGGAUUCAUUAAGAAUAUUAAUGGGAUGUAUUUAUAUUUAUAUUUUUAUAUUUCUCAACAGUAUGCAUGUCUAAAAGGUUGUUAGAGCAAAAAAAAAUCAAUGAUGCUUACUACAGUCAUAAAUAUUAUGUUAUUUUGUAGAUGAAGUAGAGAUCAUGUUAUUAUUUUGUAAUUUGGACAAUUUAAAGUAAAAGGGGUAAACAGG